CCGCCGCCGCCGCCCGCGUCCCCGCAGCCGCCGCCUCGGCCGCCGCAGCGCCGCCCGCAGCAUGUCUCGGAGGAAGAUCUCGUCCGAGUCCUUCAGCUCGCUGGGCUCCGACUACCUGGAGACCAGCCCCGAGGAGGAGGGGGAGUGCCCCCUGUCUAGGCUCUGCUGGAACGGCAGCCGGAGCCCGCCCGGACCGCCCGGACCGCCCGAGCCCCGCGCGGCAGCCGCCGCCGCCGCCGCCGCCGCCGCCACGGCCGGGGCCAGGAGGGCGCAGCGCCGGAGGCGGGUCAACCUGGACUCGCUGGGCGAGAGCAUCAGCCGCCUGACGGCGCCCUCGCCUCAGAUGAUACAGCAGACUCUCAAGAGGACCCUGCAGUAUUAUGAGCACCAAGUUAUUGGUUACAGGGAUGCAGAAAGGAAUUUCCACAAUAUCUCCAACAGAUGCUCCUAUGCAGACCAUUCCAACAAAGAGGAAAUUGAAGAUGUCUCAGGAAUUCUUCAGUGCACUGCUAAUAUACUCGGUUUGAAGUUUGAGGAAAUCCAAGAAAGAUUUGGCGAGGAGUUCUUUAAUAUAUGCUUUGAUGAGAAUGAGAGAGUCCUUCGAGCUGUGGGCGGCACAUUGCAGGAUUUUUUUAAUGGCUUUGAUGCUUUGUUGGAACACAUUAGAACUUCUUUUGGAAAACAGGCCACUCUGGAGUCGCCAUCAUUCCUAUGCAAAGAGCUCCCUGAAGGCACUCUGAUGCUCCACUAUUUCCACCCUCACCAUACUGUGGGGUUCGCAAUGCUUGGGAUGAUUAAGGCCGCAGCCAAGAAGAUCUACCGGCUGGAUGUGGCGGUGGAGCAAGUUGCCAGUGAGAAGCUGGGCUCUGAGGCUUCGAACCCGGGCAACUGUGGUUGUCUUACUUUCCUUAUCAAAGAAUGUGAAAACACCACCAUCACGAAGAACCUUCCCCAGGGCACCUCCCAAGUUCCUGAGGACCUCAGAAUCAGCAUCAGCACCUUCUGCAGAGCCUUCCCUUUCCACCUGAUGUUCGACCCCCACAUGUCCGUCCUUCAGCUGGGGGAAGGCUUGCGGAAGCAGCUUCGGUGUGAUGCUCACAAAGUGCUCAAGUUCCAGGACUGCUUCGAGAUCGUGUCUCCCAGGGUUCAUGCCGCCUUUGAGAGGGUCCUGCUGCGCCUGUCCACCCCAUUCGUGAUCAGGACCAAGCCCGAGGCUUCUGGCACUGAAAACAAGGACAAGGUGAUGGAAGUCAAAGGACAGAUGAUCCAUGUCCCGGAGUCGAGUGCCAUCUUAUUCCUGGGCUCUCCGUGCGUGGACAAGUUGGACGAGCUCAUGGGCCGAGGGCUGCAUCUCUCGGACAUCCCGAUCCACGACGCCACCCGCGAUGUCAUUCUGGUUGGUGAGCAGGCGAAGGCCCAGGACGGCUUGAAAAAGAGAAUGGAUAAAUUGAAGGCAACUUUGGAAAGAACUCACCAGGCCCUGGAAGAAGAAAAAAAGAAGACAGUCGAUCUUCUGUAUUCUAUUUUCCCCGGUGAUGUCGCCCAGCUCUUGUGGCAAGGACAGCAGGUGCAGGCCAGGAAGUUUGACGACGUCACCAUGCUCUUCUCGGACAUCGUUGGCUUCACAGCCAUCUGUGCCCAGUGCACCCCCAUGCAGGUGAUCAGCAUGCUGAACGAACUGUACACCAGGUUUGACCACCAGUGUGGAUUUUUGGAUAUUUAUAAGGUGGAAACAAUAGGUGAUGCGUACUGUGUUGCUGCAGGACUCCAUAGGAAAAGCCUCUGCCAUGCUAAGCCCAUUGCUCUAAUGGCACUCAAGAUGAUGGAACUUUCAGAAGAGGUGCUGACACCUGAUGGAAGACCAAUCCAGAUGAGGAUAGGCAUUCACUCGGGUUCCGUGCUCGCUGGAGUUGUUGGGGUGAGAAUGCCACGAUAUUGCCUGUUUGGAAACAAUGUCACCCUGGCAAGCAAAUUCGAAUCGGGAAGCCACCCUCGGCGCAUCAAUGUCAGCCCGACCACUUACCAAUUAUUAAAACGGGAAGAAAGUUUCACAUUUAUUCCUCGGUCCCGUGAAGAGCUUCCAGAUAACUUUCCAAAGGAAAUCCCUGGGAUCUGCUAUUUCCUGGAGGUAAGGACUGGUCCUAAGCAGCCAAAGCCUUCUCUUUCUUCCUCGAGGAUAAAAAAAGUUUCCUACAACAUUGGCACCAUGUUCCUCCGGGAGACAAGCCUCUGAGACCUACCGCAGAUCAAAGACUCCUCCAAAAGCACAAGCCCAGAACAUUGGGUCAUGACAGGAGAGUGGAAUGAGAUGGUUUCUCUUUCACUACUUGGCUGAGAACAAGCAGCGGAAUUUCUGUGUUAUGUUAGGCAAUAAUCCUAGAAAAAGGUGGAUGAUGACUGUCAAUUAAAAAAAAUGGAGGGGGGGGUAAUGAGAUGUGUCCAUCCGUGUGAGUGUUUUUUGGUCAUAUAUAUAUAUAUAUAUUUUAAGUAUGGACCCCCUUCACAACUAAUAAAUAGAUGCCAUGUGUUCUUGUUUGUCACACAUACAGCUAUCUUUCCCCACUUACCUGUAUCACUUUUGAGAGCC